UGCAUACAUGUCGCGGGGACAAAAUCAGGAAAAAAGAUCCUCAUCGGACUUUUUGGCCGAGAAUUGGCUACAAAAUCCAGGCACCCUUCUGGUCGCCGAUCUUUGUUUGAGAAUUUAUGACAGAAGCGAAAAGGAAUUGAGAACUGUCGGAGUAAAGAUUGCAUGGCAUGCGAGCAACGUGUCUCACGAAAUUACAAUGACUCCUCUGAUCCGACGAUGGCGUCAGCCGCAAAGUGCUACAACGCGUGCACAAUAUUCGAGCUACCGUUCGUUAAUUCGUCGUCGAUAGACAAGGAACAAACGCACUACGGAAUAGAAAAUGAACGUCAGUGAACGCGUUAGAGUAUCGGAGAUAUCAAAAUUUACGUUACAAUCCUUACAGAAAAGUUAAACAAAUUCAAGCUGUCUAAUAAGUUAUCUAAUUAUCCGAAUGACCGUGGCCGGGAUAGCAGUGGAAAGCUUGGAAAAUGAUAAUAAGUGAUAUCGCGACUCGAUAGAAGCAGAAGGGGACGCGUUUUUGCGACACACCGAUCGCUUUGAAUAGCUGCGUGAUUAUAGCCCUUCCGUAGACUCGAGCCUGUGAAUUUCGACGUAAGGGGAUGCGCGAAGUGCGUUUCGCGUGCGCGAAAGAACACGGGGGAUCGGACACAUUUGGGUGCAUGCACUUGCGCUGGCUCGCGCUACCUGUCGAGAGUAUCGCGCGCGUCGUGUAGUCGCCGAGCGUAAGCGAGGCGACAACAACGAGAGGCACUUUGCUGCACGCUUCUCGUCAGAAACACGAGUCGUCGGCGGACACAAAGUAAAGAAAACGAUCGAGAGGACGAUCGGUUCGAUAGCUCGCAAAGGCAAAAAAAAGUCGCAACGUAACUGAAUAAGGGUCUAAAGGUUCUGGCAGAGGAGAGAAGUGGAGAGGUGGAGAGCGACGGAGAGGACAGAGGACCACGCAGUAACCAGUGUACAAGAUUCGGCCGAUUCGACAAAACCUUGCGAUCAAGGAAGUUUGUCGACGGCGUAUCGAACGGAGGUUCCUACGCUGAUGAGGAGAUGUUUUCAUUGGACCGCAGUCGCAUAGGUAACCCAACCUAAAAAAAAGUCGGAAAGUGCUUUUGAGGUUAAGUGUUGUUGAGGGAACGACAUUCUUUGCCCUCGCGUGAUCAAGUAACAACUCGGAGUCGGAUAGACCGUAUCGUAAGCUCGGGAUACGUUUUAGAAAUCUGAUUAAAGAAUGCUGUAUCGAUAAACGCCAUUCAGGGAUCGUAUCGAUCCACUAGCGAGGACUGCUUUGCAUUCUCGCCGAAAGAAUGCAUUUUUGUGCAACAGCCUAUGGCGAAGUUGUCAAAGUUCCGCGCAAUUGUUAUGUUUAGCGCUAUCGUGCAUUUGCAGUGAGAGAAAAAAAAGAUUGUUAGAAAUAUUCGUAAAGCAUCGUAAAGCUAAGCUAUAACGUGGUGAUUUUGUGGUUAUUAACGCAUUUUGCAUUCUGAUCAUGUAAUCAUGCAGUAUCGUUCAUGUAACAAAGUCUGAUAGAUCGAACACUUAAUAUUUCAACAACGAAUUCGCUAUUUUUAUAAUUCAAGUUAAUUAUUUUUAAGUGACGGGAGCGGAAUUUUUAAGUGACUAAACAGUGAUGUGCAGAAACUGUGUUAUACUAAUUUACAAACUCAUAUUGUAAAGAUGUACAUAAUUUGCUAGUGAUGUACAUAAUUUAACUUUUUUUUUCUCAGAAAAUGUAAACAAACUUUAAGUCGCACAAAUUAUUUUAUCUUUAUUCUCUAAUAUUAAUAUUAUUUGAAAUUUGGUUAAAUGUUUGUGAUAGAAGUUUACAUGAAUGGAUGAUGCUUGGAGGCAAUGAACGGCAUGGAGAGACAUGGUCAUGGACAUGGACAUUCACAUGCGCACUCGCAUCGUCAUCGCCAUUCUCAUGGCAGUUCUCAAAGCACGUCACAAAACUCGACUCAACCACCUGCGAAACAUAGCCACAGUCAUAUGACGCAUUCACAGAAAGAACCGGCUACGCCUGCUGCACCGUCGACUCAAAAGCAGAGAAAUUAUAAAUUACUGGUUGAUCCAUUUUUAGUGAAAGGAGCUACAAAACUGUGUAGAUAUGAUGGGAUGGUACCAGGGGAUCCAACGUAUCCACAGGUUCAACCUCGAGAUCCUAGAUCACAGCUGACAAGGAUCUGGACUAGACUUGAACAACUUGACUUACCUGUACCUAGAUUUAAAAUUGAUUCUAAUUAUUGCGGAGAACCUCCGCCGCUGGAAGUAACAUUUUGCCAUUUAAAUGACAAUAUUGAUAAGACAUUUUUAACAAACAUGGUUCAGAAAUUUGGAUCCAUAGAAGAACUUAUUAUUUAUUAUCAUCCAAUGACUAAUAAACAUCUUGGUAUAGGAAGAGUAGUGUUUGAAUCGACCAAGGCAUCAAAGGUAUGUGUAGAGAAAUUAAACAAUACAUCUGUGAUGGGGAAAGUGCUAAGGGUUUUUCUGGACCCCUUUGGGGAAGAAUGCAAAAAGAUGUUUGAGGAGUUAACCACAGAGAAGAAACCGGAGAAGAAAGUAGAAAAAGAAGUGAUAAAACCUGAACCUGAGCCAGAGAAACAUCAGACACCCGUGGAAAAGGUUUUGCCCGAAGAAAGGGAUGACUUUAGAAAUAGUAAAAAGGCUAUUUUAAAUUUAGAUAAGAACAGAGAACCAUAUAUAGAAAAUUCGAGGUACAACAAGUACAGAGAUUAUCCUACACCAAGCGGCAGUACAAGUAGUGAUUUGGGUUAUGGAACAGCGCCCAGUGAACUGAAUUAUUCUAGUAAUUAUUCUCAGAAUUCUACUCCAGCUACGAAUUACGACUUUUAUUACAGUGGUUAUCAUCACCAACCUCCAAAUAGCUACUUAGCUAGCAUAUCGCAGAAUGUAUCACAGAUUCAACAAAAUUCCAAUGUAUGGUGGGGCAAUAAUUCAGGGACGGCGACGGGGUAUCCAUCAUCGGCUUCCGUUUGGCCUGUUCAACAACAUGCAACAAAUUUGGACAGUGCUAGUUCCAACGCAACGCAGAUUAGUAAUAAGACUGCCAAUACGAAAACGCAUCAUACUCCUAAGAAGGAAAAGGAGAAUCAAACUGUGGCAAAAAGUACGUUGCGUGAUUCUCCUGACGAAACUCGCAAGACAUUGGAUUUAGAUACAAGAAUUGCUAUGCUACUGAAGGACAAAGCGGGUGGAAUGGCACCACCUUUUUUACAAUUUGGUAGCGAUUCGGAAGAUGACAAAAAGUCUCAACAGGAAGACAGUGGCAUGCUGUCGGAUCCACCUAGUCCCUUCUUAUCGCAUGAAAUAUAUAAACAGUGUUUUGAGAAAAAAGUUGAACGCAACAAGGAACGAAGGAAAGCUCACGAAAAUAGCCUUAAUCAAUUCUCUGUGGAUGAAGAUUUGGGUAGUGUCAUAAGUUCCAGUGAAGACGAGGCAUUAUUGGGAAGUUACAGUCCUGCUCCCGACGACAAUGAACCAGAACCACCCAAGGAGCCACCACCGCCUCCACCACCUGACGACGACAGAAUGUCCCUGAGUCCUCUAAGUUCAGGAGAUGAGAAAAUUGAAGAAGUAGCACAAACUGAACCCUCGAAUCAACUAUAUCCGGCAACUGGUUAUCCAGGACACUUGACUCAUUAUCCCUCUAACGACGUCUACAAUUGGCCACGACCGGCGCAGUAUCCAUAUCCUUAUGGAGCGACUUAUCUGCAGAGUCAUUAUCAACCUAAUACAGCAUCAUUUUCUGCAACAGUUGGGAAUCAUCAAGGAGCAAACUACUAUUCCUCUUUUCAGUCGCGGUUGCACGCUAUAGCAAAUUACAGUAUCACAAAAGAUCCACAGGGUCCUACUAUCAACGGAGUGUUGAGCAGAGUUGUGAAUGAAUUGAAACAGAUUCUGAAGAAGGAUUUCAAUAAGAAGAUGAUAGAAAGUACAGCAUUCAAAUUGUUCGAGGUUUGGUGGGACGAAAAGAAGUCAGAGAAAAGUCAAACGCACGGUGGUGGCGAGAAUGUCAUUGUCAAUAAUACGGUAAAAGAGGAUGUAAAACCUCAGGCAUUAUCGUCACUACUGGAGCAAGCGACACCGCUAGGUCUCAAUUACGAUGGAUUUGGUUUGGGCAUUAGAGCUAGUAUGCCAAAGAUGCCUUCAUUUAGGCGCAAGAUCAAAGCUCCAAGCCCAUUGCCACAAGAUGAGGACAGCCGACAAUCCGGGCAUGCUGACAUGGAAACAAUUGAGAGCGACAGCGAUCUGGACGUACCACCAACGCCAAAAACGAAAAAAGCAAUGACAUCUCUUAGGAAUGUUUCCUCUUCAUUAUCCUCUUCAUCCUCAUCUCUGGAAAGUAGUAGCGAAGAAAUUAGUUCCAGCGAAUCUUCCGAUAGUUCAAAUGAAACCUCCGACGAAGAAGCCUGUUUUGAAGACGAGCAAGAUACAGAUAGUCGCCUGUCCGAUAACAGGCCUUUGGCUUGCAAUAGUGAGGAUCCUGAUAUAUUGACUGAACUCGCGAUUCAAAGAUCGUUGGAUUGCCCCACGCCGACCGGUAGAGAAACGCCGUUGCCGGAUGUCAAAAUUAAGGAUCAAAAUUCGAACGAAUUCCCGCAAAUUGAUGAUGAUCUGAGUAGUUCAUUAGUUUCUUCCGUGAGAUACGAGAAUGUCAAGGAGGAGGAAAGGAUUUCGGAGAAGUUGUCUGUCGCGGAAGAAAAUCCGUUUGAUGUGUGUAGAACUUUGGACAAGGAGACGAAGGAUGUAUCGAGAGUCGUCGAAGAAAAGGAAUUACAGAGCGAGGUGAAACCUGCGCCACCAAUAGCAUUAGUAAAAGAAGAAAUGUUACCGGAUAUUCAGAAGAUGGAGAACUCGGCCGCGGAGGCUCUAAUGACAUUAGCUGGACGGGAUAACAUUAUACGUCACAGGAGUCCCGGUCCUGUGCAACCUAAUAUUAUCAGAGCGUUACAGACGAUGUCAGCCAAAUACAUCAAUGACGAGCCUAUUCUGAAGGAGAAUGAGAAGAUCGAGAUGUUCAGUGAAAUUCCUACGACCGACUCCGAGGAAGAAAGCUUAGAAAUUAGGAGAUUAAGGUAUCAAGCAGAGACAGAUCUUCGACUAAAUGGGCAGCGGACACCGAGUACGCCUGGUUCUCAGGCUUCGCAAGUGUAUAUGGAACAUUCAUAUUCGUUGCCACCUGCGCAACCGGAGCCCGUAGAAUCGGUAAUACGUGUACCGCCAGCCUCAAUGAAAGUGAAACACCCGAAGAUUGUUAAAUUGAUGAAAUCGAAGGAUAAGAUUCACAAGGUGGAGAAACAGAAAUCCAAGAAGUAUACAAAGGUGCACAGUAGUCAUCAGAAUCACGAGGGAGAGAAGGAAAAUAUACGGAAUGACUAUAUAUAUGACAAGAUAUUGCCUAAAUCAGUUCCGGAGCCGACGGUCACAUACAAAGAGCGAGAUCUAAUGUCAGAGAUGGGUAUCUUAUACGAGUUCUUAACUAGGGGAAUAGACGCUGAAGAUGUAGAAUAUCUGAGAAGGAGUUACGAAGCUUUAUUAGCAGACGACACUCAAGGUUACUGGUUAAAUGACACGCAUUGGGUCGAUCAUCCACCGACGGAUAUACCGAGCCCUGCGAAAAAGAGGAAACGAGACGAACUCCGGCUGCACGCGAGUGGAAGCGCUCGAACAGAAGGAUAUUACAAAGUUGACAUCAGAGAGAAGGCAAAACACAAACACCAUUAUGCUCAAAGUAUACAACGCAGCAACGAUGUGGAGGACAGCGGCUCAUAUAUUGGAGGAGAUGGCGUAAUGAAUGGUCCAAAGAGCAUUUCUAAAGCAUUGGCCGGCAAGAUGCAAGCGCUAUCGCGUGAGGCGCGAAGCAAUCAGCGCCGGUUGUUAACAGCUUUCGGAAUUGACACGGACAGUGAUCUCCUUAAAUUUAAUCAAUUAAAGUUCCGUAAAAAGCAAUUGAAGUUUGCUAAGUCUGGCAUUCACGAUUGGGGCUUGUUUGCCAUGGAACCAAUCGCGGCUGAUGAGAUGGUUAUUGAAUAUGUUGGACAAAUGGUUAGACCUGUCGUAGCCGAUCUGCGAGAGGCGCAAUACGAAGCCACUGGAAUUGGUAGCUCUUACCUCUUCCGCAUCGAUUUAGAUACAAUUAUCGAUGCAACAAAGUGUGGCAAUUUGGCGAGGUUCAUAAAUCACAGUUGUAAUCCGAAUUGUUACGCAAAGGUAAUCACGAUUGAAAGCCAAAAGAAGAUUGUAAUCUACAGUAAACAACCAAUAGGAGUUAAUGAAGAAAUUACUUAUGAUUAUAAAUUCCCGUUGGAGGACGACAAAAUCCCUUGCCUUUGCGGAGCUCCUCAAUGCCGGGGUACCCUCAACUGAAUCGUUCAUUCUUUUUCCUGUCUUCUACACUUCAUCGCGCCCUGCUCAUAUUUUUGUAAAUAUUUCUUCAUGUGAACAUUUUAUAAAAAUGCAAUGGAAAAUGCUAAAUUACGUUAA